UUUACUUUAGUUGAAAUUAAUUUGUUGAAUAUGACGAAAUUUAUCUCUUUUUUUCAAGAAGAAAUUUAUUUAUUAAAUGAAACUUAGUAAAUUUAACUGAAAUAUGAAUUCACACAAUGUUGACUUGCGAGCGAGCCAGAGGCGGAACAAAUCCCACCGUGAUUUCAUUAGGCUUUUUGAAGCCAUUCUGUGAAUGAGAGAAAGAGAGAAUACAAUCUAUUUCAUACUAUUACUAGACAUCCGCCCUCCGCCUCGUGAAUCGUGAUGCAGGAGAGGUGGUCAGCCUGGAAGGAGAAUGAACAUCACAGACAAGGCAGCAGUGCCACCACUGAGGGAGAGAAAGAGAAUGUGUCACUCUCUGUAUCAAGGAACAAAUGCACUCACUCAUACCCUGAUCCUGCAAUAUGGCUGGAAGAAAGUGCAUCAGAGAUGCUGCAAGACACCCAGUAUGGCAUUACCUACCUUGAGAGAGAGCUGCACAAGAUGGAGCAAAAGAAGAGGGCCUACACACACUUUUACAAGCAAGCACAUUGUCCUUGCACACCCUCACCCUGUCCAGCACCUUACUUCAGUGCAAGAUAUCACCUAGAGGCCCUCAAAAGUCCCAGUGCUAAUGAGAAAACCAGGGAGAAGGUGAUGGGAGCCUUCCACGCAUGGUACAAGGGUCAGAUGGAUGCCAUGAUGCAUUAUGUUAAUUGCAUACAAACUGACCUGGACAGUUUGGCUUCAAGGGACCUGGUUGGCAUGGAGAUGAGGACUGUCAGCUCUACUACAAAACUCAUUGGCCACUUCCACACCUUCCAAUCUAACCAGUCCAAGCUCCCACUUAACCCCCGGUACCUGUUCCUCAAGUAUGCACACUGCCUACUACCCAGGGUCCACACACAGGUGAUGCAUACAGUGUUUGAGAAAAUGUAUGGCCUUGAGAAAGCAAGUCAUCUUAUACAUGAAGAAGAGGAAGGCAAGAGGAGGGCUGCACUUAGAGUGACAUACAAAGUGUCACAAUGUGUAGAGGAAAUCCUUCGUGAUGCAAGGCAGGCAUUACCAGAGGGCAUCCGCACCUUCCUGUUUUUGGUGUACAUGGAACAAAAGAUGCAGAAGCUCCUCUCUUUACUGGAGGAGGCUGUCACCACCAUAGAGGACUCCCAGGAAAUCUUCGACAUCCUAUCAUGGACAGAAGACGUAUCCUGGGGAGUUACCACUGAAGGGAACUACUCUCAUGAGAUAUUAAACUUGCUUGUAAAGGACAUUGAGACAAUAGAUGAUGCUUUUACUAGUAGUGGUGAUAUUAAUAGGGCUACUGGCAGUGAUGGUAGUGCUAAUGAUGGUGUCUUCCAGCAAGAUUCUUCCUCCAAGGAGCAUGAAGAGGAGGAGCAGGAGAAAGAAAGAGAGCUGGAAGAAAUAUUGAAAGAGGUGCUGUUGUCUGGGUGUGAAUCUCUGCAGGUGCCUGGUGUUGUCCAAUAUUUAGUAGAAGAGGAUGAAGGACCUGAAGAAGAGGAAGAGGAGGAAGAAGAAAUUGAUAUUCUGGAGGAGAGGGAAAAAAAAGAAAGAGAGAUAGAAGAAGUAGUACAGGAAGGAAAGAUAGUAGAAAAAAUAGAUAACAAAGAAGAAAAAAGAGAGGAAGAAGAAGAAGAAGCAGUAGAAGAAGAAAAGGAAGUAGAAAAAGUAGAUGGUCAAGAAGAAGCAGAAAGUGAAGAAUUAGAAGUAGAUGAAGAGGCAGAAAAAGGAGAAGUAAAAGAAAGAGAUAAAAAAGAACAAGAAGAAAAUGGGGAACAAAAAGAUGAAGAACGUAAUGGAAAGGGAAGAGGAAUAGAAUGCAGAAGAGAUGUGGAAGAAUGUGAUGUUGCUGAUACAGGGCAUGACCACCUUUCAUCACCACCACCACCACCACCAUUGUCACAAAAAGAUGUGGUAGUAUAUCCUGUUUCUUCCAAAGGGCAUCACCACCACACUUGCACUACCACCACAACCACCAACACCACAUCCCCACCACCAAAAUCAGAUCAAACAAAAUAUGGAGAUGAAACAGUAGAUGCAGACCAUGACCUGCCUCACCUUUACAGUUCUCCAACAUUAUCACCCACAUCACUUUCCUUCAAGGACAUGGUAACACCUUCACCACCAGCACAGUCUCUCUCACCACCAGCAGCCCUGUCUCCAAAGCACCCCAGAAAGCUGGCGUCAAGGACCAGCUUCUGCCACUUGUGUUACUACCGCAGGAAACAUCAUCCUUCGAGGCUCCCCAUCUACUUCCCUUGCCGUGUGAGGCCCCAAGGAUACCACAUAGGAUACAUAGAGGAUGCCAUGUAGAAUAUGUACUCUUACAAAAACUUAUAUCAUGUAGGAUGCCUUUAGGAUACUGCAUAGGAUGUUUCUUGUUGGAUUUCUGAUAGGAUGAAUGAGAUAUGUAGGAUAUGUCUUUAGUAGGAUACCUAAUGUGAUGAAUAAGACACUAUAUAGGACACUUCUAAAUCUCACUGCAUACUGCAUAAGAUGUCAUUAGGAUUCUGCACAGAUACAUUACAAAGUAGUCACACAGUAAUUCUAGAGUACUUCAUAGGAUGUCAUUAGAAUAACUUAGGACACUGUGAUGGAUUUCUAACUUGUUUGUAACACUGAUUCAAAGGAAAUUAUCUGUUUAUGAGGAAUAUAUACUUUUUAUUUGGGGAGUGGCCUAUGUAGAGGAAGGAAGAAGUGCAUUUUUCUGUGUACUAGUAGGAUUUGUGGACUAAGCCAGCAUUGUGCAUCUGUAUCAUGGUAUUUACUCUAGUAUUACUGGUUCAUGAAGUAGUAGUAGUAGUAGUAGUAGUAGUAGUGAAGAACCUGGAAGUAGUAGUGAUGAAGGACAUGGAAAGAGUAGUUAUGGAGGGCAUGGAAAGAGUAGUUAUGAAGGGCAUGGACAGUUACUUGAAUUGUGUGGAGGGUAAGGCAUGGAUCAGUGAGGGAUAGAAUCUGAAGUCAAAAGUACAAGCUCUUCAUGUCAAUCCAGAGGGCAUCUCUUGCUUAAAUAGUGGAAUAGUGUACACCAUAUUUACUCUGUGUGUUUUAUGUUUUGCAAAUACAAGACUGUCAGUAAUGAAACCUCACUAUCAAGUUUGAUUCACCAUACUGUAAAUUUUAUUGUGACACCAAAAUAUACUGUCUCUAAAUGCCUGAAAAUUGGCAAUAAAAUAUAUGAAGAGUA